UCCAUAGCAACUUAUCAUUUUAUAUAUUUUAUAAUACAUUCGCUAAUAUAAUUUUCAACCCUUCACUGAUCUCUCAAACGGCCGACUGGAGAGGGUAACAAUAAAAUCAGAAAUUGUAGUACCGACAGUCGAUAAAAUAACAAUUUGCAGUGUUCUUUGACAGAGAGGAGAGACAAUGGACAGAGAGACUAGAUUAACAACUAAAACCAGAGAAUAGGGAAGUCUCAUCUUCUAUUCUCUGCUAAGACAAUAUGCAGUGACAACGAAAGUAUAUUCAAAAAUAAUAUAAUAAAAUUCUAUUCUCUAUCAUAAACUAAUUAAAUUAAUUCGAAAAAAAUGUAUCGUCAAGGAUCAAAAACAAUAACAUUAUUGUAUAAACAUAAUGUCAAUAUGAUUAAUAAGAUUGAGAGAUGUUUUUAUAAAACUCGUAGUCAUAUGAGUGAUAACAUGAAAAAUUCUUUUCAACAAGGAACAUUUAUAAAUAAAAUAAUGGAUAGAGAUGGACGAAAAAAGCCGUGGUAUCCUGUUAGAACACCUAGAAAUGAAUCAAUGGAUGUGAUAAAAGAAAGAUUAGUCAAUCCACAUGUUACUCGUAGAGUAAUUGUACUUAAUAAACUAUUUAUGAAACACAUAACAGAUUUAAUGGCAGUAGGUGAAAUUGCAACGCAAACCCUUGGCAGAGGAAUUGAAAUUUCUCGAGUCAAUUUUACCAAUGAUUUCAAAGUCGUUCGAGUAUAUUGGUUUUCAUCUUAUACAGAUAUUUUAGAUGAAACUACUGCAAUAUUAGAAAAAAUUUCAUACAAAUUACGACAUCAAUUAACACAAUUAAAAGUUAUUGGUGUUAUGCCAUUGAUUCAAUUUGUCCUUGAUACUCAGUUAAUGAAAUACGUUGAAUUAGAAAAAAGAUUUCUUGAAGCUGAUUAUGGUGAUGAUUAUGUACCAAAAAUAAAGGUAGCUCCUAAACGCCAAUUAACUUUAUUCACUCAAUUGCCUAAAGAAGUUCAAGAAAGAAUUAGAAAAAUGAAUAGUACAGAAGAAAUAAGUAACAAUAAUGAACUUGAGGAUGAUGAUGAGAUUUAUGAUGUCGAUUUACCACCUAUGAAACAUGAUACACUUGGAUUUGAUCAUUCAGUAAUUAUGUCUACUAUCAAGCAAUCAUUAAAUAAAGCUAGAGGUAAAUCAUUAAAUCAAUCAGAAGAUACUCAUUUAUACACACCAGAAGUGAUAGAUAUUGAAUUUAAUAAAAAAUACUCUAAUAUACUACCAUCAAAAGAAGAAGAUGACGCUUUUCUGAAUUUCUUAGAGAAACGAAAAAUUGAAGAAAAACGUAAACGUCAACGAAGGAAUGAAAGUCUUGAAAACAUCGAUGAGUAUGAAGAAUGUAUUUCUGAAGAGAUUUCAAAUGAUAAUGGUAUAGAUUAUGAUGAUUUCGAUGAUAUCAAAACUCAUGAGUUAUCAUAAAAAUUAAUAGUGAGACAUAAAUAUAUUUUAAUGUAUAUAAAAACUGUAAAUAUUGUUUAUAACAUUACCAUCAUCAACUCUUUAUUGUCAUUACUUAAGAAAAACAACUUUU